AUGGGCACAGUCCAUGCCAAGGCUGAAAAUAACGAUAAGAGUUCUGCAAGUGGCCUUUUUGAAUUUGACGAGCCUGUAAACAUAGAGGAGCCCAUACCUAAGCCAAAUAUAAAGUUAAAUGGAGUUAGAGCGCGUGUCGACCGCGUGCACGUAGACGGCCUAAGCAGAACUAAAGACGAUAUAAUUCGCAGCACUGUCGACGAUCUCUUUCACGCUACCGACUUUGAAGAUGUUAUAUUGAGGGCACAUAAGGUGCGACGCGCUCUAGACUCCAUGGGUUGUUUCAAGGACAUUGGUGUUUUGAUUGAUGUGUCCAAUGGUCCUGGGUCGACUCCUGAAGGGUUGGAGGUGACAUUUCAAGUGAAAGAAUUGUCUCGUAUCGUCGGCGGCAUCAACACCACUGUUAGCGAAAAUGAAGGAAAUCUGGUUGUAGGCGUGAAGCUGCCCAACGUGGCGGGGCGCGGCGAGCGCGUGGCGGCGGAGUACAGCGUGGGCCACCGCAGCACCUCCAACUGCAGCGUGGCCGCCACCAAGCCCUGCCCGCGCGCCCCGCUCGCGCCCGUAAUAUCAGCGACGGUGUACCAACAAAACCACGAGUAUCCGUGGUCCGGAUACAAACUGUUGGACCGAGGUGUUCUACUCGAUAUCGCGUUUCGGACUUCACCUGUGACUAAACACAAUCUCCAAUGGGAGGGUCUGGUUCGGGAUACUUCGGUUCUUAGUAAAACUACUAGUUUCAAAGUGCGCGAGAGCAGUGGUCCACAAAUGAAGUCCGUCAUCCGUCACAUAGUAACAGUGGACCACCGUGACGACGCCAUUUUCCCCACGCGUGGGACGUGGGUCCAGUUCAGUAGUGAGCUAGCGGGGCUAGGGGGUGGGAUUGCCAACAUCAAAACCGAGUUACAGGCGCAAGCUAACAAGGAGAUUGGACCGGAUACUGUGCUGCAGGCGUCGGGCGCGGCGGGCGUGCUGCACGACGUGCACGGCACGGAGCUGCCCGACCACUUCUACCUCGGCGGGCCCGCGUCGCUGCGCGGCUUCCGCCAGCGCGGCGUGGGCCCGCGCCUCGACGGCGACGCGCUGGGCGGCACGGUAUACUGGGCCUCCGCUAUCCACCUGUACACCCCCCUGCCCUUCCGCCCCGGGAAGGGAGGUUUGGGGGACCUGUUCCGCUCUCACUUCUUCAUAAACGCAGGCUGUCUCGCUCAUCCUGAGGAGACGGGGCUGGCGCUGCUGGAGUCGCUGUGCGCGGCGCGCGCGGCGUGUGGCGCCGGCGUGGCGCUGCGGCUGGGCGGCGCGGCGCGCGUGGAGCUCAACUACUGCGCGCCGCUGCGGGCCGCCGCCGGCGACGCGCGCGCGCCCGGCCUGCAGCUCGGCGUCGCCGCGCACUUCCUG